AUCUCACCUCUGGAAAUUAAGCGUGCGCUAAUACACAGUAAUACGGGAUCCAAAAUGGAUUCUAUGUUUGUUUUAGACAGAACUGGCCAACGGCAAUCCAGUUUGCCAACAGUAGUUUACAAAACCAAUAGAUUCCUGCUUCAAGAAGAGAGUGAUGAAAUUAGAGGUACUGACGAUGCGGAGGACGAAGUAAAACUCUUUGGACUCAAGCUAGACCGCAAUAAAGUCGACAUUUCUGUCAGUUCUUCGUUAGCUGCCCCGAGGAAAUUUUCAUCUGAAAUGACUGAAAGCCUGGAUAAGGUUGCUGAAAAAGUAACAGAUGCCGCUGAAAAUUCCCGCAUUGAAAAACGGCCAAAGCGAAAGCGAGUAACAGAGCUUGAUAACAGUAGUGGUCUAUCCAUGAGCAUGCGCCAGGAUAAUGUGGAAAUGAAUAUGCAAAGAUCAAGGCGGACUUUGGAUCCAGGUCUGGAUCAACGCAGUGCACUUCCUACAGUGAGCAAAAGGUUGCAACCAGUUUUAAACAGAUUGGAACGCAAAAAAAACAUGGGUUCAGGUUGGUUUAAUCUGCCGGCCACAGAAAUCGACGAGGAAAUAAACAACGAGCUAAAAAUAAUUCAGAUGCGAUCGGUUUUGAAUCCAAAACAAUUUUACAAAAAAAAUGAUUUAAAAGUAAUUCCAAAAUACUUUCAAAUCGGAGUCGUGGAACAUUCAGCUUUGGAUUAUUACAAGGAGAAAAACACCAGAAAUACCAAAAAAUCGCUUGUUGACGAAUUGCUCCAGGAUGAGGACUUCCAGAAAUUUAACAAGCGAAGAUAUAACAUGGCACUUCAAUGCAAUGCCAAGUAUAAUCACCGAAAAAACAUUAAAAAAAUGAAAAAAAUAAAAAAUAAAUAAAUUUUA